UGGAACCUUUGACUUAAUUUGAGUCACCCGGCCCGGACACAGAUGUUACCGGCGGUUUUACUUAUAGCUAGAUAGAUAGUCGCAACGACAAUAUAAGUUUGUUAUGGAAUAUAUAAAGCUCUCUGUAUAUCGACUGCUUCGUCUGCUGUUUACUUCAAUUCUUACUCUCUUGAAAUCAGAUUCAAAUCUCAUCUUGUGCUGUGUUGGCCUUCAUAAAGUUAAAUAGUGGAGGAAGAAGCAGCAUGAUUUGCGGAUUUGACGCAUUUGGGAAGCUGAUAUUAUAAAAUAAGAAAAAGUUGAACAUAUAUUAUAUAACACGAGCAAAUAAAUCAUUAAAAGUAACAGUGCGCAUUUGCAACACAUCGACACAACACAGGCAAAAAUGGGACUUCAACGUGAUUUCGCAAAGGUAUCAAAUAAUAGCAAACAACAGAAAAAUGAGCAGAAAUACAGAGCAACCAAUAUUUGGAACAAACUCAUAAUGUCGUUCAAGCAAGCUAUACGCUGUAAAACUCACCGACAACAUCUACGAAAGUUUGAAAAGUGUUUUACCGGUAGUGAGGCAAAGAAUGUAAUGUUCAAGUUGUUAGUUCAUUGUGAAAGUUUAACAGAAAACGUUACAAGACAAAAGACGGUAAAACUGCUACAAAAGUUUCUGGAUAAUCACAUCAUAGAAGAUGUUUAUGGAAAAUGGCUCGGAGAAACAUUCACAGCUUCAAGCAAAUUGUACAGAUUUUCUUAUGGAAUGAAAUCGAAUACACUCAACGAAAAGUGUCUUAUUCGAAUGGCAGACUUUAAAUACUCUGACCCCCGUAGCGGAAACCGCACUAUUCGAUCAACAUUACGUUCUCCACAAGGAAAUACACCGAGGCUCAAAUCAAUUUUAUUGUUGCUUAAAGAUAUACCAAGUCCUCACAAAACCCACGGGGUUUCGAAGAAAAGGGAUGAAAAAAGAUCGGUAUCUAGCUCACCACCCACCCCACCUUUGAGAAAAAGAUUUUCAACUUUUUCAACUGUCAUACGACAUUCUGAAUUGUUGUCAAGCCCAUCUGUCAUCCGCUCCGGAGUCAAAAGAUAUGCUUCCACGGAUUCAAGCGCAACAAACCCGGACAAAAGACUAAGAACAUUGUAGUCUGUCACGAUUUUAUUUUUAUUCCAUUGUUCUUCUAUUAUGAUAAUGUUUCAUGUUUAUGUUCCAUGUUUAUGUUCCAUAUCAUAUAUUCAUUACCGUUCUA